AUGCUGAUUAAAGUGAAGACGCUUACAGGAAAGGAGAUUGAAAUAGACAUUGAGCCUACAGAUAAAGUGGAGAGGAUCAAAGAGAGAGUGGAGGAGAAGGAAGGCAUUCCACCACAGCAACAACGUCUUAUUUUUUCCGGGAAACAAAUGAAUGAUGAGAAGACAGCACAAGACUACAAAGUACAAGGAGGCUCCGUCCUCCACUUAGUGUUGGCCCUGCGAGGAGGGCUGUGA